ACAGGUAGUUAAUGUGUCUAUGCUUUUUUGUUUUCGUUUCAGUUCUACCGAUGAUUCAUGGUCACCAUAUAAACAAUUACACAACUCAACUGAGAGAAGGAAUUCACAUUAUGUUAAAAGUUGAAUCUUAUCCGGUACCGUCAGUGUCGUGGGCAAAAUCGGCAGGAGGUAAACUUGGUGUCUGGAAUAUAUCAAGAAACAAUGAUUUUCCUUUGUUCAGCAGUAUGUAUUGUUUAGAAUCAAGCAUACAACCAACCAGAGAAGAGCAUUUUGGACUUUAUAUGGCGGCUAUAAGAAACAAAAUUGGUAGUAUAGAAGUAUUUAUUCAGUUACAAGUUGACCGAUAUGGUGUCACAGUAGAGCCAAGGCAGACAAUAUGUGUUGCUUCGUCCUCCAUAUAUAUUACAUGUAGUAAUUUAAAUGUGGAUAACAGGACCUGGGAUAUAAUCUGGAAACAUUACUUUCACGGUGAACUUGUACAAACAUUUAAAGGAGAACUGCACAACCAGAUAGCUAUGUUAAGCAUAAGUCAUUGUGAUUAUAGAGACGGGGGUAAAUAUGUUUGUGAGUGGAUGUCAGAUGAUACGACCUUGUCUGGAUGGUCAUCUGUGGCUAUUCUUGGUCCACCGGUUAUUUCUCAGCAAACAGUUUCCUUUCGAGAUGAAUUAGUUUUCAUAUCAGUAGACUUCUACUGCGAUGAUGAUGAUUUUGAGAUCGAUUGGUACAUAAAUGAUGUUAAAUUGAAUGCAAAUGACAAAGAAUACCAGGUUUUAAGGGAAUGGUCAAAUAUCAGUGUCCAAGUCCAUACUCAUACGAUAUAUAUAAAGGGAUUUAAGACAAAAUUGUAUCUUAACAGAAAGAACAUAUCUUAUAUAAAUAAGAUUAACUGUCAGGUUAGACAAAACUCUUAUAGCUCAGAGGUCGUUAUUGGUAAAGAGGACUUAGCAGAAAAUGUUAACACAGUUAUGUCGGACAUGACCCAAACAACGAUCUACCAAAACGUCACCAUUUUCACGAUACCGACAGAUAAUUCCGAAAUAGUCAUAUCUACUUUAUACAUGUCUAUCCCAUUGACUACUGCAUUCAUUUUGAUACUGGUAAAUGGACUUGUUUAUCUGUUUUGGAAAUUCAGGAAAGGUAAAGAAAACAUCCCACAGCAUAUAGACAUGCAAAGCAGAGAACCUGUUAAUAUCCCCGUUCCAAUUGGAGAAUUAAAUAUUUUAAAUGAAGAUCAUUACGACGAAAUAUCAAGUGACAUAGGAAGUACAUACUAUCAUUCAGUAGAAUGGCUUAAUUCAAUUAUAGAUAGUGAUACUGACAAUUCAAGAUGCCAAUCUUCUACUUCUGAAGGAGCAAGUGCAGACAUUAAAUCUGUUGAUAAUGUUUAUGAAGGACUUGACAUUUUGUUCAUUGAACCAUCACAUCAGUAUUCUGAUUGUGCAAACAUGAAAAGAAUAACAAUCUAAAAAGUGUUCUAUUUUACCAUAACAGUUUGAAUCGGAAAAAAUUAACAAUGUGUUUUAAAAAUACCACAUCGUUCAGUAAAAUCAUUUUUGUUAAUUUCUUCCAUUUCUAGCUAAACAUGACCCGAUAGUAUGUAGUAGCUUUUGACAUUACCGGAUGGUUAUAGUCCGUCGUGUUUUCUACUCAGGAUCCCCAGGAAAAGACAAUACCGUACUUGUGGAGGAAGCCGGUUUACCCGGAAAGAACCACUGAAAAUCGGUAUGAAAACUGACAAUCCUAGUCAAUUAAGAUUGGAGUAGGUCAAAAUGAUCUUCAAACAAGAGUUGAAAAAAAAAUAUAUAUCGACAUAGCAUACAUGUUUCAUCCUGUGUGAAUACUAAUGUGAACUCUUAUUUUUCUAUGUUAUAAUCUUCAAAAUUAUAACAGAUAAGGAUAACCAGUGUUUAGGAAUAUUUAUCGGAGAGACAGAAAAAAAAAGGCGCACAAUUGAAAUUAUCAACAUAAAACUUAAACAUGAUAGUUACUUUGUGUUUAGCUUUAACCUUAUUCUUUUUAACUUGAAGAAUAGGUAUAGAGACACUGCACUUAGCUUAGCAAGAUGAAAUAAAAAGUAAAAUACCUUUUGAUAUCCAAUUUGCUCUUUAUAGGUCUGGAGUGAUUGCCUAUAAAUCAUAGCUGUGACUAAAAGAUAGAGAGUAAAAUAAGGCAGAACAUAUAAUCUGUUACAGUAGAACAAUUAUACGAAUUAGCCAUGUAUUCGAAUUUCUUGGUUGACUCGUUAUACAUGCUAUUGUCAAAUUAAGCAUUGUUAAAGUUGUUACUUUUAAAUGACAUUUGUACGUUUUUGGCUAUAGUAUUAAAUGGGACAGUUAUUUCUAAGCAUAGCCAUUGGUCAGCAAGACAAGGUAAAAAAAUGUCCGAAGACCUUAUUUUAUAAUUUUCAUAUCAACUGUCCAUUGACAUGAAAUGAGUAACUUAUUUUGAAUUAUUUUUUUAUUUCAUUUGCGACAAUGCUGAUAUAUAUAUUGCUGGUAGAAGUAUUAUUUAUAAAUGUAUAUAUUGCCAAUGAUAAUUAUAUAUUAAUGUAUGAACAAUGACCAAAGUGCUUAUUAUUUUACUUUCAAUUUGAUUGAAAUGAUUUUGUAGAUGUUACAUUUUGUUUUCUUAUUUUGUUUUGAUUUUGAUUAUUGAUUACUGGUUUAUUUCUGUGCAAUUUAAAUUGUCUAAUUUUUUUGUAUAUAUUUUUUUAUAUGUUCGAAACUUUUAAUGUACUGUGUGAUACAUCCCAAUACCAAAUCAUUACAUGUAUAUUCGCCUUUCGAUCCAAGAGAAACAGGUUAACAGAUGUUUUGAAAUUUUGGGUACUCUAUUUAAUGUUUAUUUUUAGAUUACACAUGAAAAGGUAUCAACAAAAAUCGAUUGUGUUUUCUUAUGACGGAAGUGAAAUUAUCUAGUAUUCAAUCCCUAAACUGUGAGAGUAACACACAUAACUUACGUGAUAGUUGGUACAAAAGCAUCUACAAAAAUUACACCAGAUGGUAUUCCAAAACACUGAAUGAGUAAAAUAUUGCACAUUUUCUAGGGAAACCAAAUCUAAGAGGUACAGCUAUAAAUCUUUUCCCGCGUCAAUUAUCAUAAAGGUUUACAUAUCUCAGUUUCUUUUUUUUUUUUUUUUUUGGUCAUAUACUGAAAUUUAUAAAUCAAAUGUCAAUUUAUGGUAGCAGCCAACCAUUAUCUGAUCACUUUUAGGAAUGAAUGUAACUGAAACGAAAUAUGUUAAUUACCUCUUAAAUCUGGGUUAUACUGAAACGUUUAUUGUUAAUGGACUUCAAUAUUUUACAAUAUUUUUGAAAUAUAUAUGAUAAUAAAGAGGUGAUACUUCGAAUGAUUGGUUGUAGAGUAUUUAAUUGUCAAAUUUGUAAUACUGUUUACUGUUUCCGUCCGUAUUACCAUUAGAUAAUAAAUACCCUUCUCAGAUUUGGAUACAUAAGUUAGAGGAAAUUGGCUUCAAUUAAAAAUGGUUUGUUUACCAUAGCCCAUCCGACCCGAUUGAAACCCUCUCGACUGUAAAGUUUUUACAGAAAAAAAUCGUGAAGUUUUUUUUCAUCAUUUUUACGAUUUCCGGUUUUUUGGUUCUUUUCCGUAUCCGGUGGUCUUUUUCUCUUCCACUUUCGUCCGGUGGCAAAGGCGCUUUGCAUGUUAACCUGGAAGCCUGCGUAAACUCGUGGUUACAAGAACUAAACUGAUUCGGAUGUCAUCUGUUUCAAUUUCAAAUUUUACCAAGACAUGGACGCCAACAAUAACUUUAACAAGCUGAAACGAAAAUUAGCAGCCAUUGAGGGCUAACCUGACCCGAAAGAAAAAGUCACAUUUUGUUCGAGUAUUUUCGUCUUACAAGACAAAAUAUAAUUGCAUAAAAAACCGCCAAUAUCGGCAUUAUUUGUCCGACACUAGGAAAGAUGUUUACAAUGAAAUAAUAGAAGGAGAUUCCUUUACAACAUGUACAAGUAAACAUGGUAAAGGAAGCAAUCAGGUCACAGUGGGACUUUGUAAAACAAAUAAUUUUACAGACACAUUCGUGCCAGAUACUUUAGAACUAGUGAAAGAGGCCCUAGACUUUGAUAAAUCCUUAAGAUAUGUAAAAUUUAUAGUAAAAAGAGAUGACAUUGAAUCAGAUGCAUCUACAAUUGCAAACAGAAAUCAGCCCACUAUGAACGUAUUUGAAGUCUUAAUGACAACUUCAACUGAACAAAAUAGAAUGGCGAAAAACGUUCUUCUGUCAGGGAAACAGGUAUGUUUAAAUAUAUAUUUCGCGUAGACUUUCAGUGGUACAUGGCAAUGAAUGCACUUAUUUAAAACCUACAUAUGCAAAACUAUUGGUUUUUUUUUGUUAUGUCACCAGUUUACACCCUUAGGUCAUGCCUUGUCUCUAUUUGUCAGAAUAAUAAUGCUAGUAAAAAAUCAGCAUCAAUUCUGACAUCUAAUACCCUUUUCGUUGUGAUAAGUUUUCUUAAAUCACUGAAGUACCAAUGUCGUAACCUUCUGCGUUGUGUGAUAACUCAAGUUUGUUUUGACCAUACUAAACUUGAAUAAAAUUUACGCAAUACAUUUACACGUGUCAGAGGAAGCCUUCUUUUCAUUUUGAAACAUUUUCUGUAACGUUUUUUCAGUUUUCUCAUUCUCGCAUGGAGUUAUUAGACUUUGGACAGUGGGACCUUCAUUAUACCCCAUACAACAAAAGUUGCGGAGGAUAUACUUUUAUUGGUCCGUAUGUCACCACAAAUGACAUUAUAUAGCCAAUAAAUUAUAUUGGGGUUAUGUCCAUAAACAAUCAUCAAAAACUAGCGACAUACUGCAGGGCCAUUGAACACUGUUUAUCUUGUUUUAUGCUGAGGCUGUGAAGUUUCAAAGAGAAAUCCUAUCAAAUAAACACAGAGACAUCUCUUUUCAUGUGCAACUAUUUUCUUCAGUGGGUUGUGUUUAAACUAUUUUAAUUACUUUUACAAAGUCUUAGUCUUAUUCAUUUGUAUGACCUUCAAAAGGAUAGAAGGAUAUUAUUUGUGAACAGUUACUGUGUAAAAAUGUUCAUUUUGCAUUUUCUUCAAAUAAUCAUUGAAAAGCAAAUACUGUUGCCACUACCAGAGAGGUUUAAUACUUUCAGUACUAGUAGUAUUGUCCAGAAAUCAAUAUGUCAUAUAAUGCCCAUAAAUCAAUAUCUAAUAUUUUCAUUCAAUAUGCAAUGACUGCAUG